UUUUCAGCAGUAUUCUAUUAUAUUUGGAGAAAGUGAGAGAGAGGUAGCCCUGUUGGCUGUUGACAGCAUCUUUUUCGACGGCCAGCAGCGACCCCUUCCACAAAUGCAUGAACCGAUCCCUCCCUUCCGUCGCUAUAAAUAGCCGUCGCCUGCUCACUCUCACUCCCCACCACCAAGAAGAGAAAGAGAGUGAGCUACAGUGAGAAAAGAACAGAGAGAGAGAGAUUGGUAGUGGAAAAAUGGCGGUAGCACCAUCCAAGUGUUCUUCUUCCUCUUCUGUGAGCCCCCUCUCUGAGUGCACGGUCUUCCCUGAGAGUCCCUCGAUUCCCGUGGCCUACAAAUUGACUGUUUCCGACCUGCCCAUGCUCUCUUGCCAAUACAUUCAGAAGGGGGUGCUUCUCCCCUGCCCUCCCGACGCGUUGCUCAGCCUCCUGAAGGACGCCCUGUCGCGCACCCUCGUGCAUUUCCCCCUGCUCGCCGGCCGUCUCCGGACGGACGCCGACGGGUACGUUUACGUGGACAGCGACGGCUCCGGUGUCCCUUUCGUCCACGCCGCGGCGCCCGGACUGAAGGUGGGUGACGUGUUGGCUCCCCAAGACGUGCCGGAGGUCGUCCGCGGGUUCUUCGCGAUGGAUGGUGCUGUGAGCUAUGAAGGGCACUUCCGGCCGCUGGCUGCCGUGCAGGUGACUGAGCUCGCGGACGGAGUCUUCGUCGGGGCCACAGUCAACCACUCAUUGCUGGACGGCACGUCCUUCUGGAACUUCUUCAACACGUGGGCAGAGAUUGCUCGGGGAUGCACCGAGAUAUCGCGACCCCCCGACUCGAACCGGUUCUUCGUGAAGGACUCGGCCGCUGUCCUCCGCUUCGAUGCCGGCAGGGCCCUCGCUCCGCCGAAGGUGGCGGCGCCACCCUUGAGGGAGAGAAUCUUCAGUUUCAGCCGGCGGGCGGUGGUCGAGCUUAAGGAAAUCGCGAACCAGUGGAAGGGCGCCAUGGGCGAGGAGGCGGACAUGGUGGAGGUGCUCGGGAAGGCAAGCAACGACGCCUGGAAGGGAAGCGGUAAAGGGAGGAACGGGACUGCAGGGUUACCGGCGCCGGAGGUGUCGUCGUUCCAGUCGCUGUGCGCGCAGAUAUGGAGGUCGGUGACGCGGGCGAGGCGGCUGCCAGCGACGACGAAGACCACGACGUUCCGGAUGGCGGUGAACUGCCGGCACCGAGUGAGCCCCCGGAUGCACGCCGAGUACUUCGGAAACGCCAUCCAGAGCGUGCCGGCGACGGUGGAGGUGGCGGAGCUGCUCCGGCAGGAGGUCGGGUGGGCAGCGUGGCUGCUCCACCAGGGGGUGGCGGAGCACUGGGACGCCGCCAUCAGGGGGCGGGUGGAGGAGUGGGAGAGAGCGCCACGCGUCUUCCCGCUGGGCAACCCCGACGGCGCGGCCAUCACCAUGGGCAGCUCCUCACGCUUCCCCAUGUACGACAACGACUUCGGGUGGGGCCGCCCGGUGGCCAUCCGCAGCGGCCGAGCCAACAAGUUCGACGGCAAGAUGUCGGCGUUCCCCGGCUGGGACGGCGCCGGCAGCGUCGACGUCGAGAUGUGCCUCGCCGCCGACACCAUGACGCGCCUUGAGCGCGACCCCGAGUUCAUGCAAUACGUCACCCUGCCCCAAAACUAAACUCUCCUCAAAUCCCCCUAAAACCUUCUUACUUCAAACUGCUUUCUCAAAUCCCACCUCCUUCAAACUUCUUAAUGUAAUAUUUUUCAGAGAACCCUUCGUCCCAAAUCCGCCUUCACCAUGGUAACUAUGUCUAAGAAUACGUUCUCCCUUUCUUCUCCAAGAAAGAAGAUUGUGAAUACUUGGUCGCUCUGCUGUUAACUCUGAUCAGGAACAAUGUUGGUCUCAUUAUGUAACUGUAGUGAAGGGGAUUUCCUUUCAUAUCUCCUUCAUUUUCUUUUCCCUUUUUCUCAUUUUGGGUUUUGCUGUUAUUUCUUCUUGUAGUUUCUGUCAUAUCUACUAAUAAUAAUUUUCUUCCUUGGAUAA